CUUUUGGACAAAACAGUGAAACGGAAGCUUCACGUUCCCCUGAUUCCUGACAACACAUACACGACCUUUCCAUCUGCCAGAUUUUACUUCCAGACACCUAUAAAUAAUUUCAUUCAAUAAUGUUUAAUUGUUUAAAUGGAUUCCUCAGUAAAUAAUGUACAAAAUCAAUCAUCUAAUACGAAGAAUAAACAAACACAUCUAAAUUCACACCAGCUAGAAGAACUUGAUACAUACUGCCUUGAAGAUUUACAUAACGAGUUGCUUGAGAAAGAUCGAAAACUUACCGAGGAAUUAGUUCUGAGGUCUGCGGAAGGUGAAAAAGCUCUAGAUUUGAGCGCAGAAAUGCAACUCCUACACGACUAUAACGAAGCGAAGGAUUUUACUCAAGUGGUACUUGGUUAUUUGGCAGAGUUGGAGACGACGUCGUUUAAGAAUAUCCACGAAAAAUAUAAUUUACCCACAGAAUAAUUUCUGCGUUAUUUGGAUUUUGUAUCAUUUUUUUUGGGUGGAGGUGAAAAGGAAGCGAGAAAAUUGAGAUUAGAUAUAAAAACAAAGGACGACGACACCCUCGUACAAUGUCCGAUACUUCGGACGAUGUCAAAACGGAACCUUCAAACGAUUCAAGUCAGGACAGUAUUUGUAGAGAUUUUUCCAGGGGAACUUGUAACAGAAAAUUCUGCAAGUACAAGCAUGAAACUGAGGUGCGGUCUUUGAAUUUCUGUCACGAUUUUCAAAAUGCUACAUGUCCUAGACCCAACUGCAAGUUUAUUCAUUGUACAAGAGAGGAAGUUGAAGAAUACAAGAAAACUGGAGACAUGUCCAAUCAAAUUUUAGCUGAGGCUUCAAGAAAAAGUCAGCUUCCUGGUUUGCUGCCGGUUUGUAAUAUGUUUAGAAAAGGUGCAUGUCGGCGCCCUGUUUGUAAAUAUAGACACAUUACAAAAGAAGAGGAAGAUAAUGAGAUUAUGGAGUUAAUUAGGAACAAUUCUAAUAAUCAAAUUAGGAGCACUGGGAAUAAUGUUAGUGGACAUGAGCCUCAAGUCAUACGCUUUAAUCCAAAUGAUUUUAGUAGAAACCGAAUAAUUGUGGAUGAUUGCAACUUUGGACCAACCCCACCUAAGCGAAGAUUUCUUUCUCAUCAAGAUGUAUUGGAUAAUGGUAUAUCUACAGAAAUUCAUCACAGGAGAAUUGGAUUUAGAGGUUAUUUUGCAGGAAAUCCACCACCUGGGAUGUUAAGUAGAAUCGAUGCACGGACUAUUAUGUUGGAAGAAGAAAAUAGUAUGCUUCAUAAAGAAAUAGCUCAACUAAAACGAAAGGUGUCUGAUUUGACGGCUACUAAUGAAUUUUUAUUGGAUCAAAACGCUACUUUGAGAGUCACCACUAAGAGGAAUGCUUCUGUUGCAGGACCAGCUGUUACUCUAGCUAAUUCUUUGUCACAAAAUACAACUCCUCAAGUAAUAAGAACUGUCACAGCAAGUGUCGCCACAGUUCCGGUUUCAUUAGCAACAGUAACUACUUGCAAUCCAGUUUCUGGAAAUUCAGUUUCAAUUUCCGGUUGUCCAGCGGUUAGCAUCGCUGCUCCGGCUCAAAUUUUAGCACCCAGUCAACAAAUACUUGUAACGACGAAUCAAUCGAAUCAAUUGGCUUUGGCGAAUAGUUCCCAAGCCCAAUUAGCAAUAGCCCAACAAAACCUUGCAAAUAAUCUCGCCCAACAAGCCCAACCUCAGCUAACUUCUCAAGCUCAACAAUUAGCCUUGGCAACGACAACUCAACAACUUACGUCUCAAGCCCAACAUAUGGCAAAUCAACAGUUGGCUCUUGGAAAUGCACCCCAACAAUUAACUUCGCAAGGUCAACAAAUCGCAAUUGCUAAUGGUAGUCAACAGAUCGCGUUGACUGGAAGCAAUCAACAGUUAACUUUAGCAAAUACCUCCCAACAAUUGGCUAAUCAACAACUCAAUACCCAAGCUCAACAAAUAGCAUUGGCGAACACUUUGGCAUCUAAUACCAACCAACAGUUGACGUCGCAGGCGCAGCAGUUAGCUUUGGCGAAUACUCCACAGCAAUUAGCCGUCGCCAGCGUUCCUCAACAGCUUGCGUUGGCCAGUACGAACCAACAGUUAUUAGCCGCCCAACAAAACUUGGGUGCGACUCAACAAUUGGAGAUGCAUAGAGGAAGUCAAAUGACCGCGAUUAAUACCUCGCAACCUAUAGCUAUGUCAAAUGCAACGCAACCGAUGGUUUCUUAUCCGAUUAUGACGCAGAGUAUGAACCACGCGUUGUCUCACUGAAAUUGAGUUUUUCGAUUUACGGUUUUGGACUUGUAUAUAAAAUGUUUUCUUUAAUUUCUUUUAAUUAGGGGUUAGUUUAGUUAGUUCUUGUGAUUGUAUGGUUAUUAAUAGCCUUAUUUAUUUUUGCAAUUCUCUUUUAUUUAGCUUAAUUAUAUAUGUAUGGAAUAUUGAUUUAAUUGAAUAUGUCAGUAAGUUUAAGAGAUGAGAAGUACAAUUAAAUUAUUAUUUAUGCUG